GCAUUUCUUUGCGGACGAAAAAUACCAGAAAGUUCCCCUCCAAAUUCCAUAAAAAAUAACCCUCACAUGAGUCUCCUCUUAAUCAAUUUCAUGUCAGUAAUUUGAUUUCAAACCAAAGACAGAAUAACGGAACGAAAACAGAAGAGGUGCAAGACAUCAGUACAUCCUGGAAUUCAAGCUAUUACCGGGAGAACGAAUGCGCAUGGUGGAAGAUAUCACUUUGUUUGAGGAUUCCUAGAUCUGUUGGAGUAUAAGGAUUGUCAACAAGGGCAUUGUUUUCAACAAAAAUAAUGGCAGAUUACCAUUUUGUGUACAAGGAUCUGGAAGGUGCCUCGACGCAAUGGGACGAUAUCCAGAGAAAAUUAGGGAACCUUCCUCCCAAACCCCCUGCUUUCAAGCCCCCUUCUUUCACCCCAGCCGAAGACCCCGACUCAAAGCCCAAAGACAAGGCCUGGGUCGAUGACAAGACCGAAGAAGAACUUGAAGACCUUGAAGAUGAUCUUGACGAUGAUCGCUUCCUCCAAGAGUACAGGAAGAAGAGGUUGGCAGAGAUGAGAGAAUUUGCCAAAAUUGUGAGGUUUGGGUCAGUGAUGCCGAUUUCUGGAUCUGAUUUUGUGCGAGAAGUUUCACAAGCACCAGCAGAUGUUUGGGUUGUGGUGGUUCUUUACAAGGACGGACACGCCGAUUGCGAGCUUCUUUUGCAAUGUUUGGAAGAACUGGCUCAAAGAUAUCCGGCAACCAAGUUUGUGAAAAUUAUAUCUACUGACUGCAUUCCUAACUAUCCUGAUCAAAAUAUUCCAACUCUUUUGGUGUACAACAACAGUGCAGUCAAAGCAAACUAUGUGGGUCUCCGUAGCUUUGGUCGGAAAUGCACACCUGAAGGUGUUGCAUUAGUUCUCUGUCAGUCGGAUCCAGUUCUCAAUGAUGGUCAGGGUGGGGGUGAACAGUCUAAGAAAGAUGUUCUUGAUGGAGUCAGGAAGAGGUUUAUAGAGAAGGUUGUGACAGCGCGCGAAGAUGAUGACGGAUCUUCAAGUGAUUAGACUAGGACUUUUUCUCCCUUGUCUUGGACAGUUUAUUUCUUUUUUAUCUCCUUUAGGUUAUCUGUCAACUUAAGGUUUUGGUUUGCAACUAUGGAGAUAUUGUCUGAUAUUUUCCCCAUUAUUAUGCUUUAGUUUAGUUUUGCGGCAGGGUAUCCCAGAUCUUGAUGUGCUUGUUCCAUUUGGCUCUCAUGUACUUUCAUUCUAGUUGCAAUGAAAAAUUAUUUUGUUCGUGGUGCUGUUUUAAAUGAGUGGAUUGUAAUUUACU